CAUCGGUCCCGGUCCUGUUGCCGUUCCCCCCAUCGAGGCAUCGACUGAAGCAAACGCCGCCGCCGCCGGCCGCUGCCUCCACGACUGGCCUAGCCACCCGGCGCCCGCCUCCACAACUCCCCGGGCGACGUCAGCCUGCCCCGCCUCGCCAGUCGUCCUCCCCUUGCUUCACAGCCCACAUCCCCCGUUCAGCCGUCCUCGCUCUGGCACGGCCUCGUCCCGCGGCGGCGCCUGAGUCCGAACUUGGCGCCCUCCGAGCACGAGUAGUCUUGACGUCUUGUUCAUUUCUGCCGGCGGGCACCGAUUGGGACGUCCUGAAUACCUGAACCCCACUGCUAAACGCCAUCGAGGUCUGAUGGCGCAGGCUUCGGCCGCGGCGGCGCUGCGCCGCUUGCGGCGUCCCCGCGAUCCAUCCGCGGCAUUCCUCUCCUCGCUCUUACAUUCUUGCUUCCUCUCAUCCACCUCCGCUUACUCUCCGGUAGCGCUGCACGGGCCGAAGCCGCCAGCCGCGGCCGGCUCUUCCAUCACCAGCAGUGCCUGCAGCAGCAGCACGUGCAGUCGGUUCGACUCCUACCGGCGGCAGUCUGCAGCGGCUGCGACUACGACGAGAGCCCUGCACCACGCUCCGAGCUCUGACGGCUCAAGUGAGAGUACACCCACCUCGCAGUCUCAACUCUUACAUUUCAUCAAAUCCACAUUUGGGACACUCGAAGAAAAAAAUCAUUGUUGGUUGAAUGCCGUGAAUGGCAUUUGGAAAACCUUUAAUCAAGAAGGAAUAUAUCUUGUUCUAUUGUAUCAGUCACAUGAAACAUUAGACGGGGACAGCAAACAUUCAGCUGCAUUUAGAAAAUUGAAAUAUCUUCAUCAGAGGUACCCGCAUCUAAAUGUUUUUGCUAUGCAAUAUGGGAGUGGUAUUAGUUCCUUAGCUACUCAAAGCCAAGCAGUUCGUACAAUAAUGGAGGAAUACAUUACAUUUCCUAUCUUGUUGUCAGACAAAGACUUUACCAAUAUGGCGAAUGGUGCUUGCUACUUGCUAUUUGAAGGUUCUAAGGAUCAUAUAAUCUUCACAAAAUUGGAUGGGGACCCUGAGCUCAUGAUCAGGGGCAUGGAAGGAUUUAGUGCAUUGAGUGCAGAACCUAUUGAAAAUGUUGUAGAAUCAGGAGUUCCGUGGCAGAAAGAAGAGGUUGUCAAAGAGCCAUAUGUAGGUUCUCUCAGAAACUUGUUACUUUAUCAUCCAGGUGGCCUAUCAAUUGAUGAGGACGGUGAUCGCAUUUUUAUCUCUGAUAGUAACCACCAUAGAAUCAUCAUUAGCAACGGUGAUGGGGUGAUUUUGGACUGUAUUGGAUCCUCCCCAGGUUUUGAGGAUGGUGAAUUUGAAUCUGCCAAGUUAUUGCACCCUGCUGCAUCAUUUUAUCAUGCCGCUGAAGAUUGUCUAUAUAUAGUAGAUUCGGAGAAUCAUGCAGUUAGAAAAGCAGAUUUUGGAAGAAGGUUUCUGGAGACAGUUUAUCCAGUCUUCAAUAAAAAAGGAAGUGGUGUCUGGAGUUGGAUUAUUGAUAAGCUUGGUUUGACAAAGGAAGACGCUUCAAAGAAAGAUGAUGCUUCAAACAUUCAAGAUUUCGACGCUGACUCAGUAGUGUUUCCAUGGCAUUUGCUCAAAAUUUCCGAGGACGAUUUAUUAGUAGCAGAUCGCAGCUUUGAAACAUCAUGGAUCCUGAGCAUGUCAACUGGUGAAAAAAAGAAUAUUGUAAGAGGUAGAGCUGAAGCAAUGGAGUUGUGUCAGCAAAUGAUUGAUGAGAGGCAUGCUCUCCUUAAAGAUAUACACAUCAAUGGGUCAUCAGGUGAUAAAGGACAUUCUAAUCUACUGGAGAAGAUCCCUUGCAAUGAACUUGUAUCAUCAAUUUCAAGAUUCCGGAAAUGCAUUGUCUUCUGUGAUACAGAUGGUCAAAGGGUUCAGAAGCAUGACUUGGAUACCAAAGAAACCUCGAAUAUUCAUUUUACAAAUGUUGGGGUUCUAGGGUUACCAUAUUGGUUUGUUUGCCGUCUUGAGAAAGUAUCUACCUGGGGACAUUCAGCUGGACAAUUUCAAGAUCACAACCGUAAAGUAAAUGUGCUCCCUGGAAGAUGCAACAUCAAGGUCUCUGUAGACAUCCCAGUUGAUACUGAGCUUGCCACACCUUUGGUUGAGAGCUGUAUUUGGCGCCAAGUAAGGGGAUCUGGUGCUGGGAUUUCUGAAUCUGACGCACAAGAUACAACAUCUGAGAAGGUUGGUAUAGCACAGCAAUGGUAUGAUGAAAUAGACAACCUAGCAUUUUCUGAAGCUGCAGAGGAACCUGCUGUGAUUAAAGGUGAUGAUAAACCCGCAGAUGAAAGUCACCAAGACCAGAAAAGCGUGCAUUUCACCUGUGCAGUUAACGUCAGCCCUGGGUCAUGCGAGCUGGUGGCCUCUGCUGCAUUGUACCUAAGGGUCGACCGAACGAAAGCGGACCAUGAGGACCAGAAAGCAGUGAUCAAGAGGAUCCUCCAGUGCCAGGGGCAUGAGGAGCACGUGGGUGUCGAGCUCCUGACGGAGAAUCACAGAGACGCGAGGGAUCUAGUCAUCAUGAAGCCGGUUCAUCUCAGGCUGAGAAUGGAGUGCGCCGAUCACCCUGCUGGAACCACCAACAAGGAGACCAUCAGCACCGAGUCCAGUCUCGAGAUCAGCAUCACUUUAGAGUAGCCAUUUCAAUUCCAUUCAGGACUCCGAUAGUGCACACUACAUGCGUAGGGUAGAAUGAUUUGUUCGUAAGCGACCUAAUCCUGGGUAUUUUGUCACUAGACAAAGAUGUUCAACCCAUUUCAGGCAGUCUUGUAGUUGCCCUGUCUUCAGAAACACAUGGCUUGGAGAUGAACAGAGCUUCAGACAUAGCGAGGAUUAAUGAAACAUUGCAGACACUUGUCUGAGAAUCGAGGAGGUCCUCUUAUUCAAGGGAUUUUCAAAGAAAUUUCGGAUGAUUUUAUCCGUGGUAUUUUUUAAAAUUAA